AUGACAUCCGUGGUACAAUCGGCGCCUUCGGGAGACGUGCUCGACCGAGCGAUGAUUAAAGAUGUGGAUCAGUGGAUUGAACAGCUUUACGAAUGCAAGCAACUUACUGAGAAUCAAGUGAAAAUCCUUUGCGAAAAGGCAAAAGAAAUCUUGGAAAAGGAGUCGAAUGUGCAAGAGGUGCGAUGCCCCGUGACUGUAUGCGGUGACGUGCAUGGACAGUUCCAUGAUCUUAUGGAGUUAUUCAAAAUGGGAGGCAAAAGCCCAGAUACGAAUUAUCUCUUCAUGGGUGACUACGUUGAUCGUGGUUAUUACUCAGUUGAAACUGUUAGUCUACUCGUCUGCCUUAAGAUAAGGUACAAAGAAAGGGUCACUAUUCUUCGUGGUAAUCACGAGUCUCGACAAAUUACUCAGGUCUACGGGUUUUAUGAUGAGUGCCUGCGCAAGUAUGGUAAUUCGAAUGUAUGGAAGUACUUCACCGAUCUUUUCGACUGUUUUCCUCUCACCGCUCUUGUCGAUGGUCAAAUAUUUUGUCUUCACGGUGGUUUAUCUCCAUCGAUUGACACACUUGAUCACAUAAGAGCGCUUGAUCGUAUUCAAGAAGUUCCACACGAAGGUCCUAUGUGUGAUCUCCUUUGGUCCGAUCCCGAUGACCGCGGAGGCUGGGGAAUCUCUCCUCGCGGUGCUGGCUAUACUUUCGGACAGGACAUAUCAGAGACAUUCAAUCAUUCCAACGGUCUUACUCUCAUUUCCCGUGCACACCAGCUUGUCAUGGAGGGUUAUAAUUGGUGUCAUGAUCGCAACGUCGUGACUGUAUUUUCUGCGCCGAAUUACUGCUAUCGAUGUGGGAAUCAAGCAGCUAUGGUCGAACUGGACGAUGAAUUAAAAUACUCAUUCUUGCAAUUUGAUCCUGCUCCAAGACGAGGCGAACCACACGUAACGCGAAGAACACCGGACUAUUUUCUGUAG